CUGCUUCAACCCAUCGCGAUCGGGCCGGUCACCGCCCGGAACCGCUUCUACCAGGUGCCCCACUGCACCGGCAUGGGCUAUCGCGACCCGACCGCGCUCGCCCACAUGCGGGGCGUCAAGGCCGAGGGGCUUGUGGCCUGUCGCUGUACACAGAGCAAGAUGUCUCGAGUCCUUCGAGCAGUUGUUUUCUUCUUCUGGCGAAGUUCCACUCUUAUACGUAGGACCUCAGAGAUCACGCCCUUCAUCGAGCUCCGCCUCUGGGACGAUCGGGACAUCCCGAUGCUCGCCAGGAUGGCGGACCACAUCCACGCGCACGGCGCGCUCGCCGGGUUGGAGCUUUGCUAUAACGCCGCAUCAGGCCCCAACGUCUAUUCGCGCGCAAGUGCCUGA